AUGGCAACAACAGCAGAUUUGGUAGAGUUGCGGUUAGCAUCUAUCAAAACUGCUGUCAAAUCGACUUCGACCUGUACGACGUCAACAUUGGCGUCUCUACAAUCACUGCUACAACCUACGCCGCCAGCCGGUGAGAAGACAAAAUCAGCAAAGAAAAUUCAAGCGACUACUUCUACAAAGUCUGUUACGCGCACAAAAUCGACCCGAUUGCGCAAUCCUCCAGCCACAGUCAAAGUAGACGUGUCGCAAGCUCUUCAAGAUGAAGCGCUGUCUUCACAACAGAGACUUGUUUUGGCGACCGAAGUCUUCAACAUAGCCUCCAAAGCACUAUCCGAUGCCUUACAAAGGAAUUCAGGCCCAAAAACUCCUUUGCAACCGACUUCCCCUAAUCAGAUCGUGUCACCGGCAAAGAAAUCCUCGAGCAAAACAUCGAAACCAACGCCCACCGGGUACGGAUCGCCCGAAAACGGUCUAUUGGCGAUUGCUGAGUGUGCUAUACUUGCCCUCACGACCCUACGGAAUCUAAAAGGCGGAAACUCUUCCAAGACCGAUAGCGGGAAUUUACAAUUGGAACAAGGCGCAUGUAUUUUAGCAGGAAGGUUGAUAGCGCUUGGGGUCAAUGACCUUGCUUAUAGGGAAUUGAGAGGUCUGAAGAAACGGCUGCAAGAAAUCAUCAUACUUCUAUCGUCAAAAACUUUGAAGGAGCGUUCCACCCAAGAUGUGAAAGCAGACUCCGCUAAAGAAACAACGGCAGAACUCCUGACAUUUUCACACGUCGACUCUGCAGGCCCAGUACUAGCUUUACUAUUUCCCUUCCAGUCGCAUAUAUUGAAACUGAUAGCCGCGGAGAGGAAGACUUCGGCGAUCGAAAAGGCGUGCAAAGCUUUAUCCACAACCAAUCCAAGCAGCCCUGCAGGGGUUAUUAUGCGAUGUCUCGAGGCUGGAAAUCUCAACAAAGACAAGGCCGCAUUACAGCUACUAUCAACGUCCAAUAUUAUCCUUUCUCUAUCUUCUAUGCUGCAGAAAGCAGCUGGAUCAACGACCGAUUCGACAACAACCCGCGGCACACGACAUUUUUCUGCCCUUACUUUACAGCUCGUGUCAAUGGAAUACCGAAUCAUUUCAUGGGAACUAUCCGGACACACAGGCGACUCGAAACGUGAAUUUCUUGACCCUCUAUCACGGUUCCUUGAUGCUUUUGCCAAUUCCGACUCGAUGGUCGACUCUUCGGGGUUCACAGCACUCGGCACAAUUGUGCAACGAUUGCAGUCUAAGAUGGCAAAAUGCGCCAUGAAAGGAACUACAAAUUCUUGGAGGAUAUCAUACUGUCUUGGAAAGAUAGCCCAAGAAGCUUCAUGCUUCAAAGAAUCCUUGAAACAUUUUUCAUCUGCGGCUGAAAGGAUAACCGAGGAUGAUCCCAUGGCUUUGAAUCUGAUUCAAUGCAGAAUCGCCAUUAUCUAUUUGUAUCUUUUCAAGAACAACAAAGUUUAUCCAUCGGUAGUCGAAUCGCUUGCAACUGCAGCAUUAGGAUUGAAGUCCGCCAAUAGAGGUAGCGCUAGCGACUUAGAAGCACUUCUCGUGGAAUCGGCCAGGUUGAAGAAGAUAGCCAUGGCGAAGCUGGGCGAACUACUUUCUUCAGAUAAAGACCUUCCUAAGGGGAUGCUCAUGUCUACGACGGACUUUCUUCAUGCGUUCAUCCGCUUUCUAAGACGAUAUAUCAACCGCCAGCAACCCAAUGCCGCAGAAGGCGAGACGGAUGUACAGUUGCAGGCACUAAGUAAUGCGAAAAACAUUAUCGUCGCUGCUGCCGAGUCUGCAAUCGCGUUGGGCAAAAUGUCACUUUUGAAUCAGUUGCCACCGUGGGGGGAUUUACAGCCGAUUUUCACAGAUUCUGCACGACUACUUAACAGCUUCGAACAACUUGAUACAGAUGAUAGAGAAGAGGGACUUGACUGGCGAAGUACCCUUGUGAAAUUAUCCAACCUCUUUUGGUCUCGCUACCUCAAGAGAAAGGAAUCAGGCGCAGGUUAUGAAGAGCUAAUCCCAUUGUUGGAUCAAUCUAUUAGUCUAUUGCGAGAUUGUCCCCUAAUGUACAAAAUCACUGGAUUCACAACUUUGAAACUGGAAAGAUUGGCUCAUCUUUACCUGGAUGCAAGGAUGGGCGCCAAAUCCAUUGCCUGUUUCGAGAGGUCUAUACAAGAGUAUAUCGACGCCGGGAUACUUGAACAGCAAAUAGCAUAUCUUUCAGGAAAGCCGCCUCAUGUUUGUCUCCAAGAUUCCAAGAGCCCAGGCUUUAACCUUACGCGUGCUCUAUCUUCUUACCUCAAGAUGCAACUUCGCAGACCGGCGAAAGAUGAAAUCGGCAUUUUUGAAGGCAAGCAUUUAGGUGUUAUACCUCGAAGCUUCCUCCUGGAAUGGCAGCUGAGUCUCUUGGCCAACUUCUCUAGUCACGAUUUGGCCUGCGAAAAGUUCAAAGGCAUGUUCCAGGGGCUGUUAUCUGAAAUCUUAUCGACCUUCUCCAGUGAAGAUUAUGUUGCCCGCCGUCUUCGUGUUAUACGGUUAGUGCUUCGCUUUGCACUCGACCAACCAGAUCGACUUGAAACUUCGAUCACCGAAUCUUUGGCCCAAGAUGCUCAACUACAUCUAUCAAACCUUUCACCUGAGGCACAACAUGAACCAUAUGUACCAUUUGUGACAAACUCCCUGAAGCUACUACUAUUGCUCCGCGACGGUGAAAUGAAAGAAGAUGACUUCCAAGACAUUAUAGCUUUUUGGGCUUCGACAUUACGGGAUUGCAAAGAUUGGAAAUCUGUUCAGGCUGUCAUCGAUGAUCAUGAAAUUCUGCUUGCUCAAACACAAGCAGCUUCGGACUUUCUUGAGGCGCGCGGAUACUGGAAGUUACAGUUAGCAGCAUCUGAGAUCACUCUUCGUAUCUACGAAGUACAAGAAUCUCGAAAUAACUCUUCCCUGAUAUUGGCUCUUUCAAGCUGUGCCUUGCAGUAUUGCCGCCUCGGAGAUCACAAAGCAGCUCUCGACCUUCUUGACCGUGCUAAACGACGCUUGCUUAGUGGAGAUAUAUCAUACUACGCACUCAUCACUUACCAUCUGGUUCUUGUGGAAUACAACAUGGAAGCCAACAACAUCGAUGGCGCAGAAAUAGCACUUCGAGAAGCCCAGGAACUUUUUCGUAGCAAGGAAGCUUCGGAGGAAGUGCAGGGAAGUCGCGGCCAAUCCAAAAUGGCAUGGGAGCGGUUGAUUGCUGAUGGAGCUCUGCUUUGCUCUCGCCUAGCCGACCAGAAAAAGUGCUUGAGUGAAGCAUUGUAUUAUGGUAAAUUGGCUGUUCGACUGAGUACGCGUUUAUGGACAAAGCUAGAACGUUCAGCUGGUCGGAAGAAGGAGUUGGACAAGUCGGCAGAUCGAAUGUCAGAUGUGGACUUUGUGAUUGAUGGCGUUGCAAAUAUUGACCUUUCUGGUGUCGUUACGCCAACGACGUGGACAUAUGCGCAAGGUGCGGUUUUCUGGAAGCACGUGGCCUCGCAUAACGCUUGCUUUUUGAAUCUCAUGCGUCUUUCUGCCUAUAAUGGUCUGUUCCAGGACGCCAUUUACUAUGGUGAACAGGCACUCAAGGUGAACGAAACUCUUGGGAUUUCGGUCCGUUUACUCACAUGCCAAGCUGAACUUGGCCUUGAGUGGAUCAGAGGUAAUCAUCUGAAGGAUGCCAGGACUGUUCUCGAGGCUGCCACAAAACUAUCAGAAGGCUUGAUCAACAGCGUUGAAACGGUGAAGUUAAAAAUAAGCCAAGCUGCCUUGAGUAGAUAUCAAGGAAACUACAAAGAGGUUUUACGUCUCUUGUAUGAGGCUGAAGCUAUGCUUGAUCGAGCUUCCGACGUUCGACUCGAUCCUUUAAUCAAUGUCAAAUCAUCUGUUGCUGCUCUUGAAGAGAAGAUGUCUCUUUUGAAAAUACCUCAAGCUAGCGUUCAGAAGGAGACGAAAAGAUUGACCACCCGGACAACUCGGAGAACCAAAGGGACGCCAAAAUCGACCGAUAUCGAGGAGACUACAGUCGCGCCAACAGUCAAAGUCCUACCUCGUUCUCAUAUUAUAUUGUGGAACGAAAUAAUCAGGCAGCAAAUUCAUGCCUUGUUAGCUGUUGAAGACCUCGAUGGGGCCUCACGUUUACUUCAAAUUGCUAGAGACACCUCUCCUAUAGCCACGCAAAUCUCGAUACAAAUCGAAGAGACGGAGCACUUACUUGCUGACGCCAUGAAAAGCAUUGCUGCGCAUGCAGUAUAUUGUGUUCUGCCCGAGUCGACUCUGUCUAUGCCUUCAAUCGAAGCAAUGAUAUCAGCCACAAAGGUGGCGGCAGCUAGAAGCAAGACGCCGGUUACAAGAAAGGGAAAAUCUACAGCCAAGGAACCGGCACGUGCUACGAUAGUUGCGAAGAAGGAGUCUAAUGUUGCCGAAAUCAUGUCUCGAGCGAGAAGCGCAAUUAGCGCCACUGUCAAAGAGGCUGUUUCUACAGGGUCGACAGUAGAAGGUCAUAUUGCUUCGAGUCUCAUGGGUCGUGUCUCAAUGCUUUCACAUGCAACGACACCGGGACUUGUCGAUGAAGAUAUAUUGGCCCCAGUAAAUGCGAAUGAACUCGGCCGUAUUACUGCCUUUGAUCGUGAGCGUCUUGCAAUUUCUAUCGACAAGUGUCUUUCUGGUUAUUCUGACCCGAUGAGUUGGCCUGAGAAUGUGCUACCUGAGACUAGGGAGAAGGCGGACAUUAUUGCCAACUUCACACAAGAUUAUGUGGACAUUCUACCUAAUGGCUGGAAUGUCUUGUCCAUCUCUUUGAAUUCUGACCGCACCGAAUUUAUCAUCUCUCGCAUGUCUUGUGACGGCUCUCCAUUCCUCCUCCGUCUGCCACUUAAACGAAGCGAGGAGGGAAAUCAAGAUGAAGACGAUUUCACGUUCGACUGGGGAAAGCAUGAAAUGACGGAGAUUAUCAAACUUGCAAACGCCAGUGCUCAUGAUGCUAAAACUCGAAUCGACAAAAACUCAAAGAAGGAAUGGUGGGCUACGCGUGAGUCGCUUGAUCGUCGACUCGAAACUCUUUUAGAGAAUAUAGAAAAUAUAUGGCUAGGGGGGUUCCGUGGUAUUUUUGACACGCUUCCUCGAGACUCGACGAUUUUGGCGCAAUUUGCGGGCUCGUUCGAAAAGGUGCUGAACAAGCAUUUACCAUCACGACAAAAGUCCAAAGACAGGAAAGAAAAGAUCAAGAUUCAUGAAAACGUGCUUAGCCUUUUCAUUGGUCUCCGCGAUCUUGACAAACAAGAAAACCCGGAAGACUCGAUUUUGGACUUGCUAUACUUUGUUGUCGACAUUCUUCAAUUCCAAGGCGAGCGCAAUGCGUAUGACGAGAUCGACUUUGAUGCGAUGGUCAUUGACACGCUUGACAUUUUGAACAGCUUACACUCUAAUAGCGCGGGUCAGUGGGCGCGACCCAACCACACCAUCCUGAUAUUGGACAAGUCUUUACAUUCUUUUCCAUGGGAGUCGUUGCCAUGUCUGCAUGGACUUCCUGUAUCUCGCAUGCCGUCUCUGGAGUGUUUGCGCGAGCGAAUCGUCUCAUUCCGGUCGUUGGAAGAAUCGUCGGAUGUAGCGUUCGAGGUUAACCGUCACAACGGCCACUUCAUUUUAAAUCCAAGCGGAGACUUGAAAUCAACACAAAACACGUUUGAAGAGGGACUGUCACAGAGACAAGGCUGGUCGGCUGUCAUUGGACGGACUCCUUCCGAAGAGGAGUUUAAGGCUGGCCUAGAGCAAAAGGAUAUUUUUCUUUAUUUCGGUCACGGAAGCGGUGCGCAAUACAUUCGUGGACGCACGAUCAAACGGUUGGACAGAUGCGCAGUGGCCUUUCUCAUGGGCUGUAGCAGCGGAUGUCUGACGGAAGCCGGCGAAUUGGAACCUUACGGGACACCAAUGAACUAUAUGCAAGCUGGAUCGCCUGCCUUGGUUGCUACGUUAUGGGAUGUGACGGACAAGGAUAUUGAUAGAUUUGCGACAAGCACGUUUCAGCAAUGGGGCCUAAUGCCUGGGGAUGAGGAUGGUAGUGGAAACGGGAGGGGCAAGAAGAAGUCCAAGGAGAAGGAUACUGAUACAGGUACUGAAUCGUCUGCACUGGAUGAAGCGGUCGCGCGAUCUCGCAGCUCGUGUUUGUUGAAGUAUUUGAACGGAGCGGCGCCUGUAAUUUAUGGUAUUCCUGUAUAUCUUAGCAACGCUGCCCCUCACGAGCACCAUCCCGAUAAAUUUUCUCCUUUCAUUCUCAUCCUCAACCACACCUCCAUCUCAAUUAUCGACAAGAUACUGACUAGUGAAAACAAAAUGGCAGUAACAACAAAAGCAACCAUAGCCUCCUUCGGCGGCAAACUGCUCAAACUAAGCCACAAUGCUAAAACCACCAACUGCGAAAUGAGCUUCAACCUCUMCCUMCCUCCUCAAGCCGCGAGCCAAAAGGUGCCACUAUUGAUAUACUUGAGUGGACUGACAUGCACGGCCGAUAACUGCUCUGAAAAGGGCUUCUUUCAGCACGGCGCGAGUAAGAAGGGGAUUGCCGUGUUGUAUCCUGAUACCAGUCCACGUGGUCUGAACAUCCAAGGCGAAGACGAUGCAUACGACUUUGGUUCCGGCGCCGGCUUCUAUGUCGACGCUACACUCCCGCCCUACAACAAAGGGUAUAAUAUGUACAGCUACAUAACCGAGGAAUUGCCCGCGACAGUCUUUGAGGCGUUUAAGGAUCAGAUUGAUUCUAGUAGAGUUAGUAUUACGGGUCAUAGUAUGGGUGGCCAUGGGGCCCUGACUCUCUUCCUCCGCAACCCUGGCAAAUACAAAUCCGUCAGCGCAUUUGCGCCCAUCACCAACCCCAUCAACUGCCCCUGGGGUCAAAAGGCGUUUACGGGCUACUUCGGCUCCGACGCCCAAGAAAAAUGGAAACAGCACGAUGCCACCGAACUCGUCAAGACCUGGAAAGGUCCUCUUAACGUUCUCAUCGACGUCGGAACAGGCGACAAUUUUUACAAACAGGGUCAAUUACUGCCCGAAAACUUUGCAAAGGCCGCUGAAGAGGCAGGCGUAAAAGGGGUUGAGAUUCGUUAUCAGCCGGAUUAUGAUCAUAGUUAUUAUACUAUGGCGACGUUUUCGGAUGAUCAUGUUGAGCAUGCUGCUAAGUAUUUGUUUUAG